AUGGAACACAUAUCUGCCUCGUCCCUGAAUUCUCUUCCGGAGCGAAUCGCCUACCUUUCAUCCUUUUUAUCACUCACAUCCUCGGACACAGAAGCACUUCUUGCGGCCAAACCACUUAUCGCUCCACUGAUACCCACAAUUCUAGAUGCUGUGUAUACUAAGCUAUUAAGCUACGAUAUCACCGCUCAAGCAUUUGUGCCGAAGAACACAGAUUAUGAGGGUGAAACGGUGAAAAAUGUGCAGGAAUUGACUAUGGAGCAUCCUCAGAUCGCCUUGAGGAAGGAUUUCUUGAAGGCAAGAUCCAAUCAACUUCUUGCUCCAAUCAGAUUCCCUCUCUCUAUUCAGUACAAGAGCUUGAGAGGGACGAGUAACUACCUCGUCCGACUCGUCAGCACCCCCGAUUUAUCCCCCACCUCCUCCUUCUGGACCUACCUCAACAAUGUUGGCAUCCUCCACACCGGCCGCCCCGGCUUCAAACACCGGCAAAACCGUCCAGAACUACACGUCGCAUACAUCCACAUGUCUGUGCUCCUGGGCUACGUGACUGAUAUCGUGAUUGGCGCUGUUCUUGGGCUGGAGGGUGUGGACCUCGAGAUGAAGGGGAGGGUGUUGAGGGCUGUUAAUAAAGUUAUUUGGAUUCAAAAUGAUCUUAUGGCUAGACAUUAUAUUCCUGGUUCUGGGGAUCAGGAGACGGAUGUUAAGCUGUCCAUGGGAGGUGAGGGUGGUGGAUGUCCUUUUAAGGGGUAG